AUGUUAAAAAUAAGUUCACGUCAUAAUAAAACAUUACAACAAGUAUCAACAUAUUCAAUUAUACGUUUUUCAUCUCAUGCAUCAACACAUCAACAUCAAGGACCAGCAAAUGUUGGUUUUUAUCGUCAAGUUGAAUUAUUUUAUGAUCGUGCUGCAAAAAUUCUUGAAGAUAAAUUAGUUGCUGAUAUGCAAAGAUCAAAAUUAAGUGAUGAUACAAAACAUAAAAAAGUACGAGGAAUAUUAAAAAUUAUUAAACCAUGUAAUCAUGUUUUGGAAAUUCGAUUUCCUAUACGAAGAGAUAAUGGAGAAUUACAAAUGAUUGAAGCCUAUCGUGCACAACAUUCACAACAUCGUACACCAUGUAAAGGUGGUAUUCGUUUUUCUAUGGAUGUCAAUUUGGAUGAAGUUAAAGCAUUAGCUGCUUUAAUGACAUAUAAAUGUGCUUGUGUUGAUGUACCAUUUGGUGGUGGAAAAGCUGGUGUAAAAAUUAAUCCAAAAGAUUGGUCUGAAACAGAAUUAGAACGUAUUACUCGAAGAUUAACAGUUGAAUUAGCUAAAAAAGGUUUUAUUGGGCCUGGUAUUGAUGUUCCAGCACCAGAUAUGGGUACUGGUGAACGUGAAAUGGCUUGGAUUGCUGAUACAUAUGCAUCAACUGUUGGUUGGGAAGAUAUUCAUGCAAAUGGUUGUGUUACAGGUAAACCUAUUCUUACUGGUGGUAUUCAUGGACGAACAUCAGCUACGGGUCGUGGUUUAUAUCAUGGUAUAGAUAAUUUUGUUAAUGAAGCGUCAUUUAUGGGAAUGGUUGGUCUUUUACCUGGUCUUGCCGGUAAAACAUUUAUUCUUCAAGGCGUUGGUAAUGUCGGUUAUCAUUCAAUGCGUUAUUUAACUCGACACGGUGCCAAAUGUAUUGGUAUACUUGAAUGGGAUUGUGCUAUUGUUAAUCCAGAUGGAAUUGAUCCAAAAGCCUUAGAAGAAUAUAAAUUCGAAAGAGGCACAAUUAAAGGUUUUCCAGGUGCUCAGCCCUAUGAUAAAGAACCAAAAGAAGAAUUACUUUGUGAACCAUGUGAUAUUCUUAUACCAGCGGCAAAUGAACGACAAAUUACAAGUGAAAAUGCACAUCGUAUAAAAGCUCGAAUUAUUGCUGAAGGUGCUAAUGGUCCAACAACGCCAGAAGCUGAUGCCAUUUUAUUGAAGAAUAAUGUACUUGUUCUUCCAGAUUUAUAUAUCAAUGCUGGUGGUGUCACAGUUUCUUAUUUUGAAUGGUUAAAAAAUUUAAGUCAUGUCAGUUAUGGUCGAUUAACCUUUAAAUAUCAACGAGAUACUAAUUAUUCUUUACUAGAAUCCGUACAAAGUUCAUUAGAAGCUAAAUUUGGUCGUAUGGGUGGCAAAAUUCCAAUUUUACCAAGUGAUGAAUUUUUUAAACGUAUGGCUGGUGCAUCUGAAAAAGAUAUCGUACAUUCUGGUCUUGAACAAACAAUGGAAAAAUCUGCAAAAGCUAUUAUGCGAACAGCCAUGCGUUAUGAUCUUGGACUUGAUAUUCGUACAGCAGCAUAUGUAAAUGCUAUUGAAAAAAUCUUUCAUGUGUAUGUUAGUGCUGGUAUUGCAUUUGGAUCAUAA